UCAGACUGUUAGAGAGAGAGAAAGCAGACAGACACAGAGCAGGCAGCAGGAGCCCUUUAACUACUGCUACUCUAACUGCUCUACAUGGAUAAUCUACUGGAUGUUCUAUUACCCAUUCCCCGAAGGGCAUUUCUCUCUGAGUCACCCUAAAAGGAGCCUUUUCUUAAUCUGAAGAUCAUUUUGGUACAGAGCUGUGCUGGAAAGAGAUAUAGGCAGAGCCCUUCUUGGAUCCGCCUUUGACGUUCGAUACACGGGAGAGGAGCAUGGCCCAACUGCAUGUGCUCUGAAAGACUCGGACGGGAUCAUGGAAAGAGAAGGUUUGGUGUUCCUGGGUGGCAGAGAUCUUCAGCGGUCGGCGAUGAGGUGGUUGAUGGAGAUGGACAGACGAAUGUAUGGAUUUAAAUCCUGAAGGUCACCUCUACAGGCCAGCUCCGCCUGAAGUUCCCUGUUGAGCCCUCAUCGGUAGACGAUCUCAGCUGAACCCCUGGGGUGGUUUGAGUGCAUCGAGGCUGAUUGGAGGCGGCUGUCCAUCCUGGAAGGCUCGUUGUGAGGUGAAAGGUCAUCAGUCCAAGCCCAGAGUCAUCUGUAGCCCCAGAGGAGCUGCCCGGCUUCACUUUUACAACAGAGCACCAGUCUCCCAUUUAGGGAACCCAGACCUACAGGAAGAGAGGGAGAGGAAAUAUACACAGGGGAGAAGAAGACACUCUUCAUGAAUUCCCUAAAAUCGUGAAAGACAAACCGUAUGAGUUGGCUGGCAGUCGUGAGGAGAGGAGCUAUGUGGACAAUAAGCAUGGCCCAGCUCUGUCUCCCGGCAUUCCUUCUCCUACUGGCCUACGCCUUUGUCCAAGCAGCUGCCACCGAGGACGAUGUCACUCCACGACUCAGCUUCACUUACAAUGCAAAUGAGAGGUCAACCAAGAGAUUCUCUGUGGAUGGGGUCUUCAAUUAUACCUCUCUGCUCCUCAGUAAGGAAGAUAACAUGCUCUAUGUUGGAGCACGAGAGGAGCUCUUCGCCCUCAACCUCUCUGAUAUCAGCAGAGUCAAGCUACAACGUAAUCUGACAUGGAGCACUCAUGAGAGGAAGAGAGAUGAGUGCAGUUUCAAGGGCAAAGACCUACAGACUGAUUGCUUCAAUUACAUCAAGAUUUUACUGCGUGUGAACAGUACCCAUCUAUACGUGUGUGGAACCUACGCCUUCAGUCCAAUCUGUGCGUACAUAAACACAGCUGACUUCACUCUGGUGAGGAGCCAGACUGGGGAGAUAGUGACAGAGGAUGGACGCGGCCGCUGCCCUUUCAACCCUGAGUACAAGUCCACUGCCAUCAUGGCUGAUGGAGAGCUGUAUGCUGGGACGGUCAGUAAUUUCCAAGGAAAUGAACCUAUUAUUUACAAGAGCCUGGGCCAAGGCGCUGCCCUAAAAACAGAAAACUCCUUGAACUGGCUUCAGGACCCAGCCUUUGUGGGCUCUGCCUACAUUCAGGAGAGCCUGCCCAAAGGCAACCCGGUGGGCGACGACGAUAAGAUUUACUUCUUCUUCAGCGAAGCGGGAAAGGAGUUUGAAUUCUUUGACAACACCAUUGUAUCGCGCAUCGCUCGCGUGUGUAAGGGUGACAAAGGAGGAGAGAGGGUGCUGCAGAAGAAAUGGACCACCUUCCUUAAAGCCCAGCUCCUGUGUUCACUGCCUGAUGAUGGCUUCCCCUUCAACAUCAUCCAGGACAUGUUUGUGUUGACACCCAGCCCAGAAGACUGGAAGAACACUGUGUUCUACGGGGUCUUUACUUCACAGUGGUAUAAAGGGGCCUCUGGCAGCUCAGCAGUGUGUGCCUUCACCAUGGACCAGGUGGAGAGGGCCUUCAGCGGCCGUUACCGUGAGGUCAACCGGGAGACCCAGCAGUGGUACACCUACAACCACCCUAUCCUUGAUCCACGGCCUGGAGCGUGCAUCACUAAUGCAGCCCGGGACCAGGGCAUCUCCUCCUCUCUGCAUAUGCCUGACAAGGUACUAAACUUCGUCAAGGACCACUUCCUGAUGGACAGUGUGAUCCGCAGCCAGCCCCUCCUGCUGAAACGCAGCGUCCGCUACACCCAGAUAGCUGUCCACCGGGUCCAGGCCAUCAACAAACACUACAAUGUGCUCUUCAUUGGAACAGAUGAUGGAAGACUCCACAAAGCCAUCAAUGUCAACAACAAGAUGCACAUCAUUGAAGAGAUGAUGCUUUUCACUGACCCCCAGCCUGUACAGCACAUUGAACUGGACUCUGAAAAGGGCCUGCUGUUUGUGUCCUCCUACUCUGGCCUGGUGGAGGUCCCGGUGGCUAACUGCUCCAACUACCAGAGCUGUGGAGAGUGUGUCCUGUCCAGAGACCCUUACUGUGCCUGGGAAGGGCGGCAGUGUCUGAAUGUCAGGCUGGGUGGACUAGAAAACCACUGGCAGCAGGACGUGGACGAGGCAGACACAUCCGUUAUCUGCAACAAGACACAGCCCAGCCCUCGCUUUGCUAAACCCCCACCCACACGGAUGUCUUCAUGCCAGGUGAUAAUGAUCCCAGCCAACAUGUUCAAAGUGCUGCCCUGUAAGCUGCGCUCCAACCUGGCUGAGAGGAAGUGGGAGUACAGUGAGGGUGCAGGUCACUUCCUGUACCCCAGUCCUGAGGGAGGUCUAGUGGUGGUGGCCCAGGCUGACAGACAGGAGACCUAUGAGUGCUGGUCAGUGGAGGAGGGCUUCAGGCAACUCCUGGCCAACUACUGUGUUAGGGGAGAGGCCAGGCAGGAGAGCACCACCCUCAUUGGCCGCUCACGCACCCCUCUGGUCCCACAGGAGGAGCCAAUCAUCCUACCUGGAGAGACCCGCUCCCCACAGAUCAACACCAAGACCUACUGGAACGAGCUCAUUAUAGUGUGUGCCCUGCUGGGCUUCUCCCUGGUGGUCUUCUCCCUAUUUGCGGUCUACAGGAACCACGACCGCAUGAAGUCCAUGCUGAAGGAAGGCGAGUGCCCCAACAUGCAGCAGAAGAAACCCAGGCUAGUGGGGAAUCCGGCAGAGAACUUGCCUCUGAAUGGCAACAGCACAGUGCCAGCCUCUGUGUCAGACCACAAGGGUUACCAGACCCUCAAUGACAACUACAUCUGCAACACACCGCCACAUGAGUGCUCAUCACCAGACAACAGCAAGAGCUUCUCCGAGUCAGAAAAGAGGCCUCUGAACUUGAAGGAGAGCACUGUAGAGAUCUCGCCCAUCUGCCCGCGGCCUCGGGUGAGACUGGGCUCAGAGAUCAAAGAUUCCAUUGUGUGAGGACAGCUUUGAUCAACUUGAGCAGGAGAUAAAACCCUAAUGUGGAGUGAUUAACUAUUAGCCAUAAGAAAAGGGGGACUUACAAUAAAAUAAAAACAUAGAAGGAAGGAACACUGAAGAGGGACAUUUCAUUACACUGCUUUUGCACUUUUGUCUUGUUCAUUUUGUCCCUGUGGUCAGUUCUCAUUUCCUUGUUGUCACUCCUCUUUCUCUAGUGCACCUGAAGCACAACUAAGAGGAAGCUGAUACAGAUUGCCUUCAGACUAUUGAAGCUGUGGAAUGAUGGUUAUGGUGGACAUAGGACACAUACAGCUGAUUUUGUCCUUCUGUAACAGUUUUUAUAUGAUUCAGUCAUGUUGUUUUUAUGCAUUGCCACUCAGUCCGUCCAAAUGUUCUGUUGGCAUUGCAUUGAAAGUAGAGAGAUACUCUAGAGCUGACCCUUAAUGCUCCCAUCUACAUCCACAAUUAGUGUGCGCUUAGCCCUACACUGAGAAUGAUAGUAGAAUAACAAACAACCUCUAAUUCAAACACUAUAGUAAGUAGAUCAAUAGGCCUUUCACUGAUGACUUAGUUAUAACAGCAGUCUAUCAGCUAUUAAUUCAAAGCAGUUUAAACUGUGGAUGACCUUAGUGCAGCAUAACCAGGCAGACAUUAGAAUGGAAUCCACUGGUCAAGAGAGGGCUGACCAUCCCAGAGAGACAUGGAAAGGAACCAAUGAGGAAGGAAUGAAAGAGGUAGGGACCACCUGGCAUGAGGUGUGGAAAAAGAGCACGCAACAGAAUAACAUAAUACUGGAGAGGUGUUGUUGUCGAGGUUCUCUGCCCUGCUCCAUCAGGAGCUUAGAGAUUAAGUCAAGACUUGAAUGACUAACAUGUCUUGUGAAGGAGUAAAGAGAGAAAGCAACACUAUCCCCCCAAAUGGAGAGUAGCACAGAUGGGGUUUGUACAUCCAAAGGUAUUGGAGGAUAUGGUGCCUAACAUGCUGACCAGACCGGACACGUCGCGUGUGCGAGCGUUGCAAAAUAAAUUUACACAUAUGUUAUUCAAUCAUUGCACCCACACUGCUCGCUGGUAUCAGAGAGCGUCUGCUUGGCCAGGCGGUAAAAUAGAAAUGGGUUCUAUUUGUGACACCUCAACGCGCUGCAAGUCCAGCCUCUCCCAUCUCCUCGUUGGUUUUUAGAAGCAUAUACCCACGUGCCAUCUCCUCAUUGGUUUUUAGAAGCAUAUACCCACGUGCCAUAUCCUCAUUGUUUUUAGAAGCAUAUGCCCACAUGCCAUCUCCUCAUAGGAUUUUAGGAGCAUAUACCCACGUGGGUGAUUGAAAGAUUAACUUAGGUCUACACUCCGUUAGGUUGUAGUAAUGCACUGUAAAGUUGGUUGCCAACCGCCAUAUUAAAUCCAAAAUAAGAAGAAGAAGCCUGAGAAAGGAGGAGAGAUGACGAGAAAGGAAUUCAGUUUACCGUUUUAUCUGUGGAUUAAUUGUUGGAGUAGAGGACAUUGUGCAUUUCAUCUAAAAUAACAAACUAAUGUUUAUAUCCCAGGACAAAUUAGCUAGCAACAGCAAGCUAGCUAGUUAAAUUGACACAAAUGUUUCAUGCUUUUCGACCUGUCCCCAAAUUUAAUAUAAUUGGUUCAGAGUUUGUUUUGAUAUUUCAACCUGCGUGUCCUGAUCGCUUCUGGUGUGGGUGAACAAAAUCAAUGUUCGUGCGUCCGGUUUGGUCAGCAUGUAAGUUAUGUGUACGAUUGACAUUCACAGGGUUGAAGCGUACCCCUGACAUUGGGGAAGACCCGAGACCAGGUAUUAACAUAUGAUUCAUUAUGGAGCCAACAGAUUAUGCAAAGCACACAAUGUGAAGUGGGGUGCAAGGUCACACCAAAAGAGAAUCUCAUCUUGAGACUGUGUAGGCGCGUAGGUGUCCACACAAUCUUGAUUAUUGAGAAUCAGAGGCAUUAUACCCACAUAUAAUUUAGUAUGCAAAAGAUUGAGCCCUUUCUGUGGCAUAGCGGAAUGGGAUGAGAGAGAGCUUAUCACUAGGCCUGGAGUUGCUGUAGCUAGGCUGAGAUCCCGGUAUAAAAUGCUGACUAGUUCAGUUUGUCAGUCAGAAACUGAUUCCUUCAAUCCAAAUUCAGUCACUUCAGACACCAAGUUAAUGUGGGCUAAGACUUGUGUAAAAACCUGUUCACCACUUUACUUAGAUAACUCUUUCCUGGCCCUGUGAUUCAGAGGCUAGUAGACAGCAGAGGUUAAAGAACCACAUGAAGAGUGUGGCAACACAACAGAGUCAGCCAGUGGAGUAUGGAGCUCUUGGUGUUGAUGAAUGUGACUCACACACCCAGAGGAAACCAUGCUCUGUGUUCAUUUAUGUUGUGCCAAAAAUAACCUUUUUAAAAUGUGUAUUCUGUUUUCAUCCUUUCCAACACAACUGUCAUGUCAAAUCAAUGUUUUAUGUUUAAUGGGCCUGACCGAUUCAGCAUGUAUCAAACAGUAUGCAUCAAACCAUUCAUAACGUAGCCAUUCAGUGUAUAUGAAAGCUGCCAUAGUUACCAACAUCACCUCUGGUUUAAUGACACUAAUGACUGUAAACUGGGUUUUACUAAUAUGGAGCCAAGGCUUUCACAGCAGUUAUGGACCAGUCAAUGGAGGAAUGUCUUUUAAAAAUAAAAUUAACAGAUUUUGUGAAAGGAUGGAACCUGCGUAAAUAAUAAUCCAAAAGCAAGGGCUUUCAUUGAGGCAUUACCUAAUAACAGAGAUACGUUUUCAGCUGUUCAAGAUUGGAAAGAUACAAUAAUUCUAAAGGCACAAUUUAAGAAUAUAGAUUUCAUAUUCCAAAGAUGUAGCUAUGUCAGUGCAAAAUUAUGGUAAACUCUUGCAACAUUGCGUUGUGGAAUGUAGUGAUAGAAAUUGUUUUGGAAUAAUUGUAAGUAAAACAAUGUUGUCUUAUUUAAGUUUGACAUUUGUACAAGGGCCUUACAAUUUUUGACAAAGUAGCUGUGAAAAAAGCAUACUGCUAAUGGACUGCUGUGGUGGCUGAGUGUAUAUAAUGUACAUUUGUAUUGUAGUUGAGUGGACUAGUGAAAGUUGUAUCAUUGCGGUCAAAGUGCAGAACCAGCAAAAAUCUUGACUCAAAAUGCGUUGUUUUUGCACAGGAUGUUGGAAAGCCUUAGUUUGGAACACGGAUGGGGGUUUUUGUUGAGAAUGAUGUAUUACAUAUUCAAUGGAUUUUUUUCAUGCCUUCAAGCUAAAUUCAGGAAUCAAGAGUUGUGCGUCUUGGGGUUCUAAAAUGUGUACUCAUGACCUUGUGACAUUACUCAUUCACAUGGACAACCAGGUAGCAGCAGCAUCACCUGCAUGAUAGGUACGACAGAAUAGACUGUAGAACUGUACUGGGCAUACCCAGCAAUACUAUUAAAACACUGAGUGACUGCCUUUAAAUUAUGAUCAGUAUCUGUACAAAGAAUUAUUUUAGAAUGGCUUCAACCUCGAUCACUUCGUAUUUCUGGGUUGACACUAUUGCAAACCAUUGUUUUUGACUAUACAUUAAAACAAAUCAACGCUGUCUUUAAAUGCUCCUGAGUGGCACAGUGGUCUAAGUCACUGCAUCUCAGUGCAAGAGGCGUCACUACAGUCCCUGGUUCGAUUCCAGGCUGUAUCCGGCUGUGAUUGGGAGUCCCAUAGGGCGGCUCACA